CAAAGCUCAUUCACAGCAAAGGGGGAUCGAGCCCUCCAGGUGGGCCUCCAGGGCCUGGCCGGCCUGCGCACAUUAGAAUUUAGAAUCUUCUUUAGGCAGUGCCUAAUAGCGUGCUCAAUGCUUUCCUCCCUGUAGCUGGCUUUUCCAUGCCGGUGGUGGUCAUUGAUGCAGCGAAUCAAACCGUCACCGAGGGGUGUGUCUUGUGUGAGCUCUUGGAGCGAGACGUGAAAAAUGACAAGACUUGCUCGCUUUGAGUCAAUCACAGAAAGCCCUCCUGAUGUCCGCAGGCCUAAGCAAGGAGGCUCCGCCGAAAGCGCUUCAAUGGUGGCGUUGUGAUUUAGUCCUCCAAUUGUCGCGGUCCUCAGCAAAGCUCCACCUCCCGCUAUGCGACCCAACGGUGGUGCGCGCCGGGCAGGGCCCGUUCGCACCCCCUUCCAGCUGGUCUCUCUGGGGGACCUUUCCAAGCAGGGGCUUGCCCCCCGCGUUGAAAGUCUUGCGGUCAGCGUUGAUUCCAAAGAGCUCGUCGCCAGCAUAUACAUAGGCACUUCAGAUGGGCAGGUGCUUUUGUUCUCCCUGGCCCUCCAGGGGGGUGGCUCCAGCAGGGCCGGCAGCCCCACCCCGAGCACCGCCCCCUCGCUGUCAAACCCCUCCACUCCCCAGUCGCUCUCCAGCGUCACGUCUGUUGAGGAACCUCCUUCCCCCGCUUUCCUUGUCGCCUCGCACAAACUGGGCAAAACCCCAGUGGACUCAUUGUGCGAGCUGCCGGCGGCCAAUCAGAUCGCAGCCUUGUGUGAGGGGCACGUCACGCUGCUCGGGAAGAAAGCCCUCGAUGCCCCAGUGCACAUGGCUGCGGUGCAGGGGGGGGCGCUAAUGGCCUGCGAUUUGAGCCCCCUUGAAGAGAGCGAUGACCUGGGCUGGCUGAGAAGCAUGCCAGGGGACGAUCCAGAGGGGGGAGAGGCCGCACGGGUGGCGCUGAAGAGCCAAAGAAGGAAGGGACUGCAGCGCUUGUUUGGGGGGAAGCAGCGGGUGUCAGAUUCUCGAACAGAUGUUAGCUCAGAUGAUUCUCGACAGGACCCUGUUGAGAUCAGAAAACUGCAGCGGUUGGUCGUGGGCACCCGUCGGAAGCUGCUUAUCUUUGGGGUGCCUACGGAGCGGGAUUCUGACCACCCGGUUGUUCUUUUGAGGGAAAUUGUAACCCCUGAACCGGCGCUGCGGCUAGCGUGGUACGGCCCCACUAUGAUUUUGGGCACACGGGGGGGGUACGUCCUGAUGGACUUGCGCAAAGGGGAGGGUGGCAAUCUCCUCUUCUCCCUGCCAAGCGACUCGUCACGCCCCCCGCUUCUGAAACCCCUGACGAAUGUCAACGGAGCCCCGGGCGAAUUGGUCCUGUUUGCCGACAACCUGGGCAUCGUCGUCAAUCCAGGGGGGCAGCCCACAGGCGCUUCGUACCUUCUCAAAGCCCCCCCGGAAACGGUGGGCCACACGGCCAAGUAUCUUCUGGCGGUUGCGGAGGGGCAGCUCGACGUUGUGCGCAGGAAAGGGGGGGUGAUUGUGCAGAACCUGGCAUUGGGGGGCAAGCGGGGGGCCGUUCUGGGGCCAAGUGUCGCGGCCGAUGAUUCAGGGGGCCGGUGCACGGUGGUUGCAUCAAACGCCAGGCUAUGGUGGGCACAGCCGACACCGUUGGAGGAGCAGGCCAAGGAACUGCUGAGGCAAAGGGAGAUAGACGAGGGCGUUGCCCUGAUUGAAGAGGCCGUUCCCGCUUCCUCCGACGCUUCCCUCCCCUCCCUCCUGGCCACCGUGCACGCUGAAGCGGGAUUCAUUCAAUUCAACGAGCUGCACUUCGAUUCGGCGAUAGACCACUUUCUGCGAUCCUCCACCUUCGAGGCCCCCGAAUUGUUCCCUUUCUUCCCGACCUACACCGCCAAAUGGCGCUCCAUCGUGCCUCGAAAGCGCUACUGGGGCCUGCACCCGCCUCCCCAGGCCAUCAAGAAAGUGGUCGACAACGGGCUUUUCCAGCGGCAGAACACCCUCGGCAGGCUGCAGAUCGGCCCCGACUCAGAGCCCACUACCGACCCGGCCGCACUCAUCAAGGACGCCAAGCGGAGCGUCACCCGGUACCUCGCAACGGUCCGUUCCAGGCGGCAGCCCAUUCCCACCCCCAGUGUGAAUGCGCCCCCGGCAGCAAGCGCGGCGAAGACCUCACGCCGAGGCGUCAGCAUGUUGACCCUCAAUGAGCGCGGCUCCCAAGGGGCGGGUGUGAAUGCGCCAUUCGGCGGUGUGAACGCGCUUGAGGCGCAGGGGGUGGACACGCUGCUGGUGCGCCUGUACGCUGACGUCGGCGAGGUCGCGGCGCUCGAGGCGCUCGCUCGGGAAGCACAUGCGUGCGUCCUGGACGAGGUCGAGGGGCCGCUGCGCGCGGCGGGCCGCUUCCACGCGCUCGCGCUGCUGCUCGAAACAGGGGGGCAGCUGAGCCGGGCCCUGAGUGUGUGGGAAGCUCUGGUUGAGGGGGGGGUCCAGGAAGCGGAGGCGCCUAUGGGGGCUGUAGCGGAGGAAAAAGGACGUGCCUCGGAAGAAAGCGCUCGGAAAGAGGGGCCCGGGGAGGUCGUUGAGACGGGGGAAAGCAGUGCAACGGCUGAAGCCCUCAGGGAAGAAGAGGCGGGCGGUUUAGAUGAGGAGGGCGACUUCGAAGGGCCGCGGCUGCUAGCGCAGGUCGCCUCCCUGAGCACUCGGGAGUUUGGCUCGUUCCGCUCGUCCUCGUUCCGGUCGACAGUCGGCAGCCCACGAGGAACGGAACCGAUGAGCCCACGGCGCUCUUCUAGUCUGUUCUCGAGCGGCCGGGGAACCGGAGUGCGGGGGAUCCCUCUGCGGAGUCGUUUGAGCGGGCAGGCGGCCGUGGGCGCGGAGAAUGCGGCAAGGGUUUUAAAGCGAACGUCGGAUAUGGGGCUGGUUCUGGAGCACGGACGGUGGCUCGUUCGGCUGGAUCCUGAGCUGGCGCUCGCCGCAUUCACGGCAGAAGAGCGGGGGGCGCCGCUGCCAGCAGACCAGGUGCUGGCGCUGCUGCGGCAGGAGGACGCGCGCAUCUGGAGGGCGUAUUUACACUGGGUCGUGGAGGAGCAGGGCACACAGGACAGCCGCCUCCACACCGAGCUCGCCAUCGCGCUCGCGCAGGCCGCGCUGGCAAAGAUGGCGGAGACAGGAACGGACGGAGCGGAGUCGAGCGAAACGGAAUGGGGCAGAGUCGAGGGGUCUGAAUCGGGAGUGGGUUUGGUAGACGAUUUCAGGGAGGGCUUAACUGAAGAUACGGGGGCCAGCGUCAGUGGGUCUCCAAUCGGCGGCGGUAGGAAGUUCAAAAACGACGAUACAGAGGGCAACCGGGGAACGGAGUCCGAAGCCCGGGCAAGGGACGUGUCUCUCGAGCAGCUCAGCGGAAAUGGUCGAGAGAAGAAGGUGACAUCAGCAGGGGCCCAGAAGACGGUGGUGUCUGGUCGAUCAGGGAGUGCAAAAGCGCGCGACGGCGUGGGGACGGUGUCGGACGUCCGGCGGCAGCUGCAGGCGUUUUUGGACGAGUCCGACAAUUACGAGAUCGGUGCCGUGCUGGAUAAGAUCCGGGGGUCGGAGCUGUGGCGGGAGCAGGUGAUACUGUACCGGCGGGGGGGUGACCACGUGGCAGCCCUGAAAGUGCUCGCGCUGAAGCUCGGAGAUGUGGAAGGUGCAGAGCAGUACUGCGCACAUCACGGGGGGCCUGACUCGUAUGCAAACCUCCUGGAGAUGUACCUGCACCCCGGCGACGGGCGGACACCGAUGCACGCGGCCGCGGUGCGCCUGCUGCAUUGCCACGGGGCCGCGCUGGACCCUCUAAAGGUUCUCGAGGCCCUCCCUCCGGACAUGCCACUGGCGGCGGCGGCGGAGACUAUUGCGCGGCUGCUCCGGGAGAGAGUGCACCGGCACCGUCAGGGACAGAUCGUGCACCACCUGACGCGCAAGGCCAAUUUCGACGCGCGACUUGCGCGCGUGCAGGAGCGGGUGCGGUGCGUGGAGCUGACCGACGAGCGCGCGUGCUGGGCGUGCCACGCGCGCAUCGGGACCAAGCUGUGCGCGCUCUACCCCAACAAUGUCCUCGUCUGCUACAAGUGUUUACGGAAGGCCGGGGAGCACGUGUGCCCUGUGACGGGCACCGACUUCAGGGUGAUGAACGAGGAGAGAUGA